AUGUCAACACUUACAGAUUAUCUUAAUGAAGUUUUUCGGGGCAAGCCACCGUCUCAAGUGGUUUACAUCUCCAUUGGUUCUACUAUUGCCGCAAAGCUUAUUUAUGACACCCUCAAACAGGGGAACUUGAUAAAACGCGCCUACCAUUCCGCAUGGCGUGUCUUUCAUUUCCUGGGGAAACCCUACAUCACGAUUGCCGUUAAAAAGGCGUCCAAGUCGAUUACGAUGCCCUCCGCGGAGGGGCAUUUUAAGCCGACCGAGCUUCCCGAAAAGAGCACCAGCGAGGAGGAGGUGCUGAAGAUGCUCCGGCAGUUUCACGACGACCUCGAUCGGUCGUAUGAGGAUAACGGAUUUAGCGGCGUUGUUUACCACGGCGGAAAGAUGCAUACAAAGUUCAUAAACGACGUGAUGUCGCUUUUCCAGUGGAGUAAUCCGUUGCAUCCGGAAAUUUUCGGCGCGACGCGGAAGAUGGAGGCAGAGGUGGUUUCCAUGGUGCUGAGUAUGUAUCACGGGCAUCUCCUGCCGGAUACAUGCGGCACCGUGACGUCAGGCGGCACCGAGAGCAUCCUCAUGGCGAUGAAAACCUACCGCGAUUGGGGGCGCGCGACGCGCGGGAUUGAGCACGCCUCCAUCGUCGCGCCCGUCACAGCGCACCCCGCCUUUGACAAGGCCGCGGUCUACUUCGGCAUGGAACUGAUUAAGGUGCCGAUUGACCCGCGGACGAUGAAGGUGGUCCCGGGGGAGCUCGAGAAGUACAUCCGGUACGACACCGUCGUCAUCGUGGGCUCCUCCCCGACCUUCCCACACGGUGUCAUCGACGACAUCGCCGCGCUGUCGGAGAUCGCCUUCCGGCGCGGCGUCGGGAUGCACGUCGACGCGUGUCUAGGCGGGUUUAUCGUGCCGUUUCUGGAACGAACCGGCCGCGCGGCGCCCGUCGUGGACUUCCGCAAUCGCGGCGUCACCUCGAUCUCCUGUGACACGCACAAGUACGGCUACUCCCCCAAAGGGACCUCCACGGUGCUCUACCGUACAAUGGAGCUGCGGGCCUUUCAGUUCUGUUGUGUCACGGACUGGAUGGGGGGGAUGUACUGCUCCCCGGCGGUGUCGGGCUCGAAGUCCGGCAGUGUGAUCGCGGGGACCUGGGCCGCGAUGGUGCGGAUGGGGUUCGAGGGGUACGUCGCCUGCUGCGCGAAAAUCGUGACGGCGCGCGAGACGAUGACGGAUGGGGUGGCCAGCAUCCCUGGCCUGCGCGUUAUCGGGGACCCCAUCGCGAGCGUCUUUGCCUUCACCAGCGACGUGGUUGACAUCUUCGAUGUAGGGACGGAGCUCGACCGGCGGGGAUGGGUUCUCAACCGGCUGCAGUUUCCAUCAGGCCUGCAAUGCAGCGUGACCCUUCUCUUUACCAAGAAAGGGGCAGCCGAAAAAUUUGUUCAGGAUCUGAGGGAGUCCAUGCAAGUGGUGGUAGAAGCCCAGACUAAGUCCUUUGCGGAGGGGAAAAAAGUGAAGAUAAACGACUCGGGUGUUUCACUGUACGGUACGGUGCAGCGAAUUCCUGAUCGCGGCAUUAUAAACGACAUCCUUGUGGAGUUUCUUAAUGUUUAUUACACGGUUUAA